AUGUUCAAAUCUGCUAUUCUUGCUCUUGCCCUCACAGCGGGUUCGGCCUCGGCCAUCACCCUGAAGUUCGUCAACCAUUGCUCUUACACCGUUUGGCCUGCUGUUGGUCACGCGCCAUACGGCUCUCCUAAUACCGAUAUUGCUUGGGGAACCAAGUUGACGGCUGGUGCUUCAGCCAGCUUCGGUGUCGCCGACUCUGCGAUUGGUAUCCGCUCUUGGGGCCGUACGGGCUGUGACGCCAACGGGGCGAACUGCGCUACUGGCCGUUGCAACGGCGGUCUCACCUGCACUGAUGCGGGUAUCACCAGUGGUGUUAUCCUCGGCGAAUACGGCUUCGGUGACUUCGGACAGUACGGCGGCCAGCGCACCUCGUGGGACUUGAGCAUCGUGUCCGCAUCGCUCAACAUCCCGACGCGUCUCUCCGUGUCUGACGGCCAGAGCGUCCAAUGCCUCGGCACGCCCUGCGACGCAAGCCAGGUCUACACCUACACCGACGACUACGCUGCAGACCGCAACUCUGCGCUCGGCCAGACGUACACCACCACUUUCUGCCCUUGA